AUCUACGCUAAUCCAUAGACUGGAUCUGAUAACGGAAAUCAUCACUUUUCGAUGAUAAAAAUGUCCCACUUCCCUUAAAAGUUUGCUUCACUGUCAUAAUUCUUUACCUUUUUUUCACAAAAAAGAGUUGCAAUAUGAUUUUGAUUGCCUAACGAUGGUCACUAAAAAAUCCAAAUUCAUUUGUUUGAAGAUCAUCACUAAAGAAUCCAAAUUCACUAACCAAGCAAUGAUCACUGAAAAAUCCAAAUUCACUAACCAAGCAAUGAUCACUGAAAAAUCCAAAUUCACUAACCAAGCAAUGAUCACUGAAAAAUCCAAAUUCACUAACCAAGCAAUGAUCACUGAAAAAUCCAAAUACACUAACCAAGCAAUGAUCACUGAAAAAUCUAAAUUCACUUGCUUAACGAUGGUCACUAACAAAUCCAAAUUUACUAACCAAGCAAUGAUCACUAACAAAUCCAAAUUCACUUGUUCACCUAUGAUCACUAACAAAUGUGAAUUCACUUGUUUAACCAUUCCAACAAUUGCCAGUAAAGAUUUCAAAUUCACGUGUUUAUAACGAUUCAAUUCGUUUAAAACGAUUGAAUUCAAAAUGAAAUUUUUGCAAAUUUUAAAUCCAUUCAAACCCAGA